AUGGUUCUUGUUCUGAUUUCAAGUAUUGUUCAUGUGAGGAAGAAGAAUGGUCAAAUUCGAGUUUGUGUUGACUUUGGAGAUCUAAAUAAUGCAUACCUUAAAAAUGAGUUCCCUCUUCCCAUUUCGGAGCUGAUGAUCGAUGCCACCACUGGUUAUGAGGUGAUGUCUUUCAUGGAUGGUUCUUCCAGCUAUACUCAAAUUCGCAUGGCACCAAAAGAUGAAAAACUCACCGCAUUUCACACACAUAAAGGAUGGCUUGAAGACAUAACCCUUCAACAUGUACGUAGAACGGAAAAUAAGAAAGUUGAUGCGUUGGAUGCCCUGGCUUCAAUGCUAGCCCUUUCUGAUCAAACACAAGUUACUAUUUGUCAAAAAUGGAUAGUACCACCACCGAAUGAGGACGAAUAUGCAAAAGAUGAACUUGAGCAUCUCGUCGCCAUUUCUAAGAAUGCUGCCGCCAAUGGUCUUGUUGAAGCAUUCAAUAAGACUCUAUUCAAUCUGCUCAAGGACGUUGUCUCCAAGUCCAAACAAGAUUGGCAUGAAAAAAUGGAAGAAGCUUUGUGGGCAUAUAAUACAACAUACUGCACACCAACUAAAGCAACACCAUAUUCACUUCCUUUUGGUGUUGAAGUAGUCUUACCACUUGAGCGUCAAAUACCUUCCUUAAGACUUGCUAUUCAAGAAGGGCUCACUGAAGAAGAAAAUGCAAGAUGUAAGCAACACCAUAUUCACUUCCUUUUGUUAGAAGCACUUGAUGAAAAGAGGCUAGAUGCUCAAAAAAUCAAUGAAUUUUAUCAAGCUCGUCUAUCUCGUGCUUUCAAUAAGAAGGUUCGCUUGAGGUGCUUCCAUGUUGGAGACCAAGUUCUCGCGGUAACAAGACCCAUCAUUACUUCGAAUAAGUCUGGGGGAAAAUUUACCUCAAAGUGGGAUACACCAUAUGUCAUACAAGAAGCAUAUUCAAAUGGUGCUUACAAGCUUCUUGACGCAGAUGGCGUAAGGAUUGGUCCUAUUAAUGCAAAAUUCCUGAAGAGGUACUACUCUUAA